AUGUCGGAAGAUUCCCAACCAGUUGCCGCGAGAUCCCCCCAUCCGUCGCAACGGCGGUCUCGACAGCCCAGUAUACGAUUACGCCGCCUUUCCUCAGCGUCAUCGUUUGACCAGCAGGCGGCGAUUGAAAAUAGACGAUCAGCAACUCCGCAGUCGAUACCAGACGCAGACAACAUCCAGAACGCAGACGACGACGACGCAUGGCAGGCGGGUAGGCGACGCAGCAAUUCGGAGCCUCGUCCAGGUCGCUAUUCUGCGCCACCUAUCGUGACUUCCUCUGCUACAUCGGCAGUAAAUUCUCGCCAGCACAUGUCUCCAGUGAAAGAGGAGACCGCCUCUAUGUUUCGCCCGUCACUAGAUUUCAACACCGCCGAAGCAUUGGCAGCAAGACCACGGGCUUCAGAGCCCGCUCCUGAGGAGACAUCAGUGCCCACCCAGGAACUGCAUUCUAUUCCAAGCAGGACAAGGAUGCUUCGUCGGGCAAGCAAUGUGGCCUUGUCAGCUUUGGGUCGCAAUCGUGCGUCCACAGUCAGCGGACCAGAACCUACACAACGCUCACUCGCGCGCGACGAAUACGACUCUCGCAUAGUUGAUCUCCUGGACGUGAUAGAUCCUGAAGUUUCAACCCUUUCCACCUUAACUAAUGUGCAAAACUCGCUCUUCAUUCCUGAUCUUGGAAACCUGCUCAACCGCAUGCCAACAUAUAAUCUUACGCGGCGACCAACGGAUAUUUCAGAAGGCCGCACAUCUGACCAAACGACGGAGGAUGAAGGUGCAGGUAUAGAAUAUGCGGAGGCCUCUGAGGAGCGUCCCCGUCCACUUAGCUCCAUGAGCAUCGUCUUGGGUCGAAGUCACUUUGCCAUAUUACCAGACGGUGCUUCUCUAGACGGUUGGUCUAAGCAGGACAUUGAAGAGUUGAAUGAUCAUGUUCGGCACAUGCUUCAUUCACGCCGGUCGAAGUUCAAAAGAGCUAUGAGAGGGUUUGGACAGUAUGUACGGAAACCUCUUGGGUUCUUUGUGACAUUAUAUGCAACCUUAAUCACUCUGUUCGGCCUUGCCUGGGUCCUUUUCCUGAUUGGUUGGAUCAAUGUUGGCGGACGGCAAUUGUACAUCAUCAAUGUUAUCGACAACGUCCUUGUAGCCCUCUUCGCUGUCAUGGGAGAUGGCUUGGCCCCUUUUAGGGCUGUCGACACUUAUCAUAUGAUUUUUAUAGCCCACUACCAUCACUUAACGUGGAAGCUCCGGAAAAAGCGCACCCUUCCAAAAUUGCAGGAUAAGAACGACCUGCCUUUGCGGCGAGCAGACGAAGUAGAUGUUGAACGCGAGGGAGAAGAAAAGGUUUCAGGAGAAUAUUCUGUUCUUACUCCCUUGCAACAACACAGGCUAGACCACCACCAGAAAAAGUUCUCGAGGUCACACACAUUCUAUAAACCACACGAGACUCCUACCCAUCACGCCUUUCCUCUUCGUCUUCUUGUCGCCAUUGUCGUUCUACUGGAUUUCCAUUCAAUUUUCCAAAUUGCAUUGGGAACUUGUACGUGGGCUAUCAGCUAUCACGUUCGCCCGUUUGCCUUGACAACUGUUAUUCUAUGUUGUUCAAUCACAUGCAAUAUCACUGGUGGAGUCUUGAUUUCGAUUGGAGAUCGUAUGAGUCGAAAGAAAGAUGUUGUCGAGCGUAUGUCCCGGCAGGGUCUUACCUGCGAGGCGAUGAAGAAAGUAGAAAAACGCAAACGAAGAGAAGAGCAGCACAAAGCUGAGGAAAAUCCUCCUGAUGUUUAUCCAGGAACCUGA